AUGUCACAAGCGGUGGUUGCUGCAGCUGCCUCCUCCUCCUCUUCUUGCUCUGCCACCCUCAACAGGCACCAGUACCACCACUCCAUCAAAACUCCACAGCUUCUUACAAGUCCAAAACUUUUGCCACCUAAUCAAUGCCAGAAAAGUAGCUUCCAAGGCUUUUCACUUGGAGAAGCCAAAAGGGGUGUCUUUGGUUCUUUCGUAGCUGUAGCUGAGGCUGAGAAGAGGAGUAACGCAAGAACAAGAACAGGGCUUGGGAUUAUUACAGCAAAAACUGCCGGGGCUUCAAAGACAAUUGAGGCUGAGGUUGACAAGCCAUUAGGCCUCACUUUGGGUCAAAAGCCCGGAGGUGGUGUUACCAUCACUGCCGUGGAUGGAGGUGGGAAUGCAGCAAAGGCAGGGCUCAAGGCAGGGGACCAGGUCCUCUACACUAGCAGCUUCUUUGGCGAUGAAUUAUGGCCGGCAGAUAAGCUGGGAUUUACAAAAACUGCCGUCCAAGCUAAGCCAGACUCUGUUUACUUUGUUGUUAGCAGGGGUGGUGCUUUUGUGGAUGUUAAACGACUGCCAAAGCGUCCGGCUCCUCCUCGCUUUGGAAGGAAACUAACUGAGGCUCAAAAGGCUAGAGCUACUCAUAUAUGCAUUGACUGUGGAUUCAUAUACACAUUACAGAAGCCUUUUGAAGAGCAGCCGGAAGCAUACGUAUGCCCUCAAUGCAGAGCACCAAAGAAAAGGUUUGCACGAUACGACGUGAACACCGGAAAAGCAAUUGGUGGUGGUUUGCCUCCGAUUGGUGUCAUCAUUGGCCUUCUGGCUGGUCUUGCCGGGGUUGGAGCAUUGCUUGUAUAUGGUCUUCAAUGA